AGAAAAAUUUGAGAUUUUUGGUUUUGGAGCGUUUGCAACUGUCAAGUGUCAACUUGGAAAAAACGGUGAAUUUGGAAUUCGGCAGUGACAGUCUUGUCAAAUUUGGUCUCGGCAGUGCUUUUAUUAAAACUCAUCGCGGAUUCUCGGUAAUUUACUUUAAGCAAAUACAAUUCUCUUCGUAUUUCAGAGAUAAUUGUAUUUGUCGUAGGGGCGUGUUAAUAAAUGCCGGAGGCAAUUUCUUAUGAGUGUUAUUAGGUUAUUACUCGAAUCAUGGUCUCCAAAAAUGACUGAUUUUCCAUUCCCCAAUAUUAUGGAAAAAGCGCGGAAAAAAGAGUAGUGCAAUAAUAGAAAUCUUGAUAAAGUGAAAGGAUAUAACUUGAAAAAUCAUGGACGAGUCUACAGAGUCACAAAAAUGGCAACAGCACUUGUCUCUUUUAAAAGAACAAUAUGUUACACUUUACACCGCCAAUUCAGAACUUCAGCAAAAAUAUGCGGCUCUCAUUGCUGGAAAAGGGGACGAAGAAUCCGGAUUCAUAGGAAGACUCCUUGCUACGAUAGCUUCGUUGCAUUCCCAGCAACGAUACAGUGACUUGACUGUAAAAAUGAGUGAUCGAGAUAUUCCAGCCCACAAAUUUGUGCUCACUGCUCGAAGCGAUUUUUGGUCAUCAGUUCCUGAAAAAACCGUCCUUGAUUGGACUGAUUUGGAUGCAAAAGUGGGAAACGUUUUAUUGAGGUGGAUUUACACAGGCAUGGUGGAGCAAGAAGAUCAGACUCUUGAAUUGAUGAAAGCAGCUUCCAAUUUCCAGUUGAGUGAACUCGUUGAAAAAUGCGAAACUUAUCUCAUCGGAAAAGUUUCUUUGAAAGACUGCGUUCGUUUAUACACAGUCGCUGAGGAAUUAGGAACCCCGAAAUUGAGGGAUCAUUGCAGUUCUUUAAUAUCUGCUCACUGGGAGGACUUAACGGGAGAAGAUUUUAAGGAAAUGCCAGGACCGCUUCUUUACCAAUUGCUUCAAACGAAAAGCAAAUAUCCAUUGCAUUCGGCAGUUCGACUCGAGCGGGAAGAUGUCGUAUUUCUUUAUCUUGUUCAGCACAAUGCAGAGCUUCCAAAGGCAGUGAAUUCUGUCGAUCAAAAAGGAGAAACCGCAUUAGAAGUUGCCCUGAAAUCACGUCAACCAUCCUUAGCUCGAACUUUAGUCGAGCAUCGAGCAGAUUUGAGCGCCAAAGAUUCAAAAGGACUAACUUUAUUGCAAUCAGCAAUCCUGAAAGGAGAUUCAUAUUCCGCCGAAUUUAUAGUUGAGCAACUAGAAAAUAGUGGAAAUUCCCAAAAGCUUUGUGAAUCUGUGAAACUCCUCGAAAGAAUUGGAAAUCUUACUGAACUUCAAGAUAUCGAAGGAUGUACUGCCCUUCAUUUAAUCACGAAGCACAAAACACCGGAUAUGUUGGCUGUUGCCGGAAGAUUAUUGCAGGCUGGUAUCAACCCCAAUAUUCAAGACCAGAGAGGAUGGACGGCCUUGCACAGUUGUGUCUCCGAAGAAAACGACCCCUUACUCGACAUUUUGCUCGACUCCAAGAACCUAGAUUUGAACCAAAUAACAAACGAUGGUCACACCGCUCUCUGUUUCGCUCUUCUGUCAAAGCCUUUCUGCAAAUCAAUCGCAGAAAAGCUUCUGAAAAAAGGCGUAAAUCCUAAUCCUUUUUAUGAAAAAUCGGGAGACACGUUGCUUCAUAUCCUGGCGAGAGAAUGUCAGGAAGAAGCAGCCUUGUUCUUAGUUGGAAAUUCCGAAGAUAGUUUCCUCCAGACUAACUCGGAAGGCUUUUCAGUUCUGCACGAAGCCUGCAAAGCUGGUCUCGAGAGACUGACAAGAAUUUUAUUACAAAAAGGAUUGCCUUUCACGUCUUUCACAAAGACGACUGGAGAAGCUCCCAUUCAUUUGGCUGUAUCGAAUUUAUACUUAGGCGUCGUUUCUGCUUUAUUGGAAACGAAAGAUUCGCAUUUACAGCUCAAUUUGAAGGAUAAGACUGGAGAGACUCCGCUGAGUCUCGCGAUUAAAGGCUCUCUGAAAAAAGCGAGGGAUAUUAUCACUGCGCUGAUUAAGGCUGGUGCAGAUAUCAACCAGAGGAAUGAAAAGGGAUUGACUUUGCUGCAUCAGGCGAUAUUGAAAGAGGAUUCUGCGACUGCUAUCUUCCUCCUUGAAAAUGGUGCUGACAUGAAUGCAAAAACGCAGGAUGGAGAGACGCCCUUGCAGCUUUGCGUCCACUGCAGAUUAGGAGAAGUAGUGGAAACUCUUUGUAUUCGAGGUGUGGACACUUCAACUGGUUGUCCCCUUUGGGAUGCUUUGGAUUCUGACCAGGAAGACAUAGCUUCCGUUUUAGUAGCUCAUGGUGCUGAUACCGAUUGUUGGGGACCUGGGCCGGAUGGUUGCCAGCAGACGCUUUUACACAGAGCGAUCGACGACAAUAAAGAGGAUAUUGCUCAGUUUCUUAUCCGAAGUGGCUGUGGUCUCGAUUGUCCGAGACGACCCGGUCCUGACGGAUCCGGGGGUGAAGAGUCACGUGAUAACUGUUCACCUUUACACCUUUGCUGCCAAUGGGGGUUAGAAAAAGUAGUUCAAACUCUCGUCGAGCAUGGCGCUAGUGUCAACGCUCGCGACUCCGAAGGAAAAACCCCUAUGCAUAUUGCUAUUCAGAAUCAACAUUCUCAAAUCAUCUUUCUACUCCUGUGCCAUCCUAAUAUCGAUUUGUCGAUCAGGGACAAAAAAGGCCUGAGUCCUUUCGCAACUGCUUUGACUGUUAGGAAUAACAAGGCUGCUGAAUCUAUUUUGGAGAGGCUUCCAACUGCUGCGGAACAGUUUGAUAAUAAGGGGAGAAACUUUCUGCAUAUGGCGAUUCAGAAAGGAGAUAUGGAGAGUAUUCUAUUUUUACUAGCGAUUCAGGUGGAUGUAAACUCUAGAGUGCAGGAUGUCACACAAACGCCUCCGUUACACCUAGCUGCAAUUUCUGGAAAUGAAAUGUUGGUGCGAACUUUGAUACUCACUGGUGCUAGAAUUAACGAUAUGGAUGCUCAUAGAAAUACAGCGCUACAUGCGGCUGCCAAAGCAGGACAUGCUCCCGCAGUUUCUGCUCUUUUGCAGAAUAAUGUAAAUUUCGAUGCAGUGAAUGCGGAUGGAGAUAACGCAUUACAUGUUGCGGUUAGAGAAGGUCAUGUCGGAGUCGUCAGAGCUCUUUUAACAGAAUGCACAUUGAAUGCAGAAGCGGUGAAUCUGAAAGGCAGAAAUCCGCUUCACGAAUUGGCUAGAUGUGGAAGAGAUAAUGCAGCGACGAUUUGCGAAUUGUUCCUUGAAUGCAUGCCACACUAUCCACUCAGUACCGCUGAUUUGGAGGGAAACACAGCAUUGUUGAUUGCUUACAUGAAGGGAAAUGGCAACUUGUGCCGAAUUCUCGUAAAAUCCGGAGCGUGCCUUGGAUCAAUGAACAAAGACGGGAUCACGAUAUUUAAUUAUCAGGUGGCGACGAAACAAUUGCUUUAUAGAUUACUGGAUUCUUUGACGCAGGAAGCACCCUGGGCGGAAAAAGAUCUUUGCUUGGAGUGUGGUACCAAAUUCUCGUUGACAAUGCGCAAGCACCAUUGCCGACAUUGUGGCAGGAUCUUGUGCAGCAAAUGUUCGGGCCAGGACGUUCCUAUUUUGAAAUUUGGACUGAAUAAACCAGUGAGAGUCUGCGGGGUAUGUUUUGACGUUCUUCAGGUGGGUGCUGAAUGAUUCUAAGACUGGAGUAAAUUAAUCAAAGUUUAUACAGCGAAUCCUAUCAUUCCAAAGUGAAGUUGAUCUGUGGAAUUAAAAUGUAUAUCGAUAUUUGGUAUUUUAUGUCUUUAUAUAUUAAUUAUAUAUAAAUUGUAUGAAG